CAACGAUAUUUCUCAUUCUCCGUGCGAAUAGACAUGUUACCCUAGUGAUGAGUUAAAAUGGCGCUUUCUGGAGUUGUAUUAGACGACAAUAAAGCGCCCUUUAUUAAUAAUUGUUUCCCCGUUCGUUCGUCAUUAGGAAGAUUUACCAAUGAAGCUAGCGGCAAAUGGCUUGAAGUUCAACAAAAUGAACAAAAACGAAGGCUGAAGACACUGCUUUCAUCACAACCACUGACAUAUGCAAGAAUAAAGGAGGAGCGUAAAAAGACGGAGAAGCAAGGAGUAAAACUUGAUAAGCUUGUCUUUCAUACUGAAUCUGAAAGUGGGAAAAAUGACGAUAAAAUUUUAGAUGGCUUCUUUUUGAUGACACACUGCUGCGUGGAUGACCCUUCUGAUCUGUGCUCAAUCAACAUUUUAAAUCAAGAACUCACUGAUGUCAAAGAGGAUGACUUAGCAAUGUUUGAUAAUGUAGCCUACAUCAAUGCUGGAGAAAACUACUUACCCCUAGAAGCAUUUCGUGGUUUCCCAUCUUUGAGAGAGCUGGAACUGCCUUUAAAUGGUCUUAGGAGCAUUCACAUUUCUUAUAUAGAUUUUAAAAAUCUUGAGAUGCUGGACCUAUCCUACAACAAUCUCUCUCAAGGUGACCUUUUGACCCUUGGACUCCUGAGCAGUCUUAAAAUCUUGCACCUCACUGGAAAUAAUUUGAGCAGCCUCCCUGCAGACUUAGCCAUGCCUUAUGUAUCCAAAGAGAAACAUCUUUAUUUAGAGAGAUUCACAAAGUUGGAAGUGUUGCUGCUUGAUGACAACAAACUCAAAGAAAUUUCUUUAUUUGCGUCUCUAGCAGGACUGCCAAAAUUGGUUCAUUUGGAUCUCUCAAAGAAUGAAAUAUUUUUCGUGCCCCAACUCAAGUCAGUAGAGGGUAGACUCGUCACUCAGGAAAGUUCCUUCAGAAAGUCUGGCAAAAAGAGCAGCAGUCAGAAAAGUUCCAGGAGUUCCAGGAAAUCUAGCAGAGCAAGAAAAGCUGACAGCUUGAUGGGAUCCAAUAUAGAUAGUUCUGAAAAGUUGGCAGACAAUGCUGUUAAUCCUGAAGAUGCAGAUAGUAAGGUAAUUAAAGAGACAACUUUUCAAGAUUUAAUGACUGAAGACUUUGGGACUGAUGAGCUACUUUCUAAAAUUGAUGAGCUUGACCUGGAAACUGAAACUACCACGAUGUCAGCCAAUGAGAAAUCAAGAGUUCAGAAACCUCCAUUCCCAGAACUGAGAUACUUGAAUUUAGCCAACAACAAGAUUUCUGAAGAGGAAGCUCUACUGGCAUUGGCGGCAUGGCCUAUGCUAGCCGAGGUGGAUAUCUACAACAAUCCAUUGACCAUGGAAACAAGCGGAGAUCCACCCUUGCUGAAGAGAUUUCUCCAAGACAGGCUAGGAGUAAAGCUGAACAGAAGAAAACCAGAAGAACUUCAGGAAACAAAAAAUAAAAAAGGAGGGAAAAUACAUCCAAAGAGCAUCAAGAUCACAGACCAUGUUCCUAAAGUUCCAAAAGUUUCAGUGGAGACAAAAAUGUUGCUUGGUGCAGCCAUUACUGCUGGAGCCGUAGGAGGGAGUUUUGAGAAAUCAAUUCUCCCUCCCAUAUUUCCUGAGACUAAAGCUGGUAUUGAUUUAGAAGAACAGGAGGAACAGGCAAAAGGACAAGAGGAAGUCACUUCUCAAGCAUUCUUUAUGACUCAGCUGAACGACCAAGACAGAUUUGCAGAAGCUUCACAUGCUAGACAUGGUAAUGAAAACACUUUUGCUGAUGUUUCAAGUGCAAAGAUUUCAGAAGAAGAUGAACCAACAAAGUUUGUAGAUGACAAAUACAAAGGCUAUGAGCUCCUUCUAAGCAUUGAAGAUCUGGAUGAUGAGUCUGACCUUCCCCUUUCAUCAGAUGUCCAGGGCAAUGUAAGGGCUUUGAAACAUACACUGAAUCAUCUUCUUGUCUAUCGUGACCCAGCUGUGGAUCUAACUAAAGUCAAGAUGAUGGUCCCUGAGAGAAGAAAGGAUAAAUCUCUGACAUCACUUCCUGUGCAAACCUAUCAAGAAAAGGUGGACACUGUUCUGAGUAACUUGAAGCAGCGAAAAACUUUUGAAGAAGAAGAACUGAGCUCGGUGCUGAAGGACAAAAACUUGAUGAAGAAAAAGUUUCCAGAGGCAGAAAACUUGAUAGGACAUAUACAAAAACGUUACAAUGCAGUUCGAGUUCAUUCUCUCAAACAGGCCAAGUCUGCCAGAGAAAUGUCUGGCAAUUUCAAACAAUCUUUACCAACAUCUGGCUUACAUUAAUUAAUAAAUGUAAGGAAUUCUUUGACAUGUAGUAUAAACAUGUACUAUUUGUACUUUCAUUAUUACCAUGUAAUAAUUUUUUUUUAUUGAUUUGAGAUGUUCAAACUGAAGUGAUUUUAAAACAAUUGUCUGUUUUGAACCUUUGAUGUAAUAAGUUUUUGUAAUAUUUUAAUUACAUAAAUGUUUUUAUAGCUUAGUAAAUUAUUUUUACAGAACGAAAGUUUUUUUGUAAGAUUAACAAUGAUUUUUUUUUAUUUAUACAUGUAUAUAAAUAAAGUUCCACUUUCAGAGCAUGCAGUCUAUUGGCCAGAUGAUGUAAAGGUCAUGUGUUUGUGGCCCACAGUUAAUGAGGGUGUCAUGUGGCCAGCAUAAUGACCAAAUGCCUUUGCUUUUCCCCAACUAAUGUCAGGUACCCAUUGGAGCUGGGUAGACUCAGAGAUGCCUUUUAGAUCCCAAAAUAAAAAAUCCCAGUCUUCACUAGGCAUUGAACCCAGGACCCCUUUGGUUUGUAAGCCAAGCUUUACCACUCAGCCUUUGCUCCUCCCUGUAUAAACUUUGUAAAUAAAUGUUUGUGAAUAGAGAUAAUUUAUUUUUUAAAAAAGAUUUUCAUGGUUUUGCAGGCAUGUGAAUUAUAUUGUAUUUUAGCUGGCAAUUAAUCAUGAAACCAGUUUUUUAAAUUUCAUUCUUACUCUUUCAUUAUUGGAUUGGAACCUAAGACUAUCAGCAGGGAAAGUCAAUUGAUUUCAGUCAUUUCAUUUUUUAUUAUGUUAAUUACAAUUCAUUCCUCAAUAUGAAAUAGCAUUCUUAUAAUAUUCAAUAAUACAGUAGGUCUCACACGAUAUUGAAGCCUAUUAUUCAUUAUUUGUAUAUGUGUUUUAAAGUUAGUUUCAGUACUAGAUAAUGGAGAUUAAGUUUUGAGACUUGUCACAGAAUGAAUGUAAAUAACAAGACAAUAAAACAAAUAUAUAUA